ACAGAUGUACACGUUGUUGAAUGUUGACAUUUCUCAAUCAUAACAUUUCUUUUAAUAUUUUGAAUUUUUAACUUUGUGUUGUUACAUAAAAUUUAUUGAACUGAAGGCCGGUAUUUUUUAAAAUGGACCUUUCUCUGGCCACCAACUUUAUUAUAUCAGUUGGAGCAUAUCUAACGUCCGUUCAGAUAAUACCAUCUUUUCGAGAAAAACUCAUAAAAGCCAACCUCUUUGGACAUGAUUUAUGCAAAAAAGAUAAAACUAAAGUGCCGGAGUCCCUGGGUGUUGUUACAGCCUGCGUAUUUUUAGUUGCAAUGUUCUUCUUCAUUCCAGUGCCAUUUAGUUUUUUCUUGAACAAAAAGGAUGAUUUUUCACAGGAGGAAUUUGUAGAAUUGAUAGUGUCAUUGUUGUCCAUUUGUUGCAUGAUUUUGUUGGGAUUCGCUGAUGAUGUGCUUGAUCUCCGAUGGAGACAUAAGGUGCUACUGCCCACUAUAGCAACACUUCCUCUUUUGAUGGUAUACUAUGUGAAUUACAAUUCAACAACUAUAAUUGUGCCAAGAUUUGCCAGAUCAGUUUUGGGACUGUCUGUUGACAUAGGUGUACUUUAUUAUGUGUAUAUGGGUAUGCUUGCAGUGUUCUGUACCAAUGCAAUCAAUAUUCUGGCCGGUAUAAAUGGAUUGGAAGUUGGCCAGGCUAUAAUAAUUUCAGCUUCGAUUAUUCUUUUCAACUUUACUGAACUUUUACUGGGAAAUCAAGUAAAGGCGCAUAAGUUCUCACUGUAUUUAAUUUCACCGUUUUUAGCUACGACGCUAGCUUUAUGGAAAUAUAACAAAUAUCCAGCGAAGAUAUUUGUUGGUGAUACGUUUUGUUAUUUCGCCGGAAUGACAUUUGCAGUUGUUGGCAUAUUGGGUCACUUUAGUAAAACCUUACUACUGUUCUUUUUGCCGCAAAUAAUAAACUUUUUGUAUUCGGUACCACAGCUUUUUCAUUUUGUGCCUUGCCCACGCCACCGACUGCCUCACUACGACGCCAAGACUGACCUUUUGCAUAUAAGUACAACAACAUUCAAUAAAAAAGAUAUAGGACGAUUUGGAAAAUUAUUUAUUACAAUUUUUCGAAAGUUGAGACUAAUUUCGUGGACCGAGAAACCUGAUGGAACUAUUAUUACGAAUAAUUUUACACUUAUAAAUUUUGUUUUAGUUGUUUUUGGUCCAGUACAUGAAUCAAUUGUAACUAAUAUGCUUCUGGGCAUUCAAGUAUUGAGUACUUUAAUUGCAUUUGUUAUUCGUUAUCCUCUUGCAAGAUAUUUUUAUGAUAAAUGAUUUUUUGUUUAAACUUGCAUGCAUAACUAUUAUUAUCUGUAAAUAAUGAACUAUUCCAAAGUGAAGAAAUAAUGUAAGUUAAUUAAAAAUUUAAAUAAGAACUGUUCGUUUCUCUUUUUAAAUUAUACUAAGCUAGACCAAAGUGAAAUAAAAAUGUAAACUGAUUUUAAAAAUAAA